GCAACAGACGUUCCGUCAGAUUCACUUCACGGGAUCGGACUGUGUAACGCGGACGAUGUGUUUUUGACUAAUUGGCAAAUUGAUUUAAUCAAUAGUCAAGCGGUGUUACGUGGUAAAGAGUUGGAUGGCUUUGUGCUGCUGACUGCGGCACGAGCCUCUGUGACGCAGCGAUUCCAUUUACCGGUUUGGAAGAAAUCACAGCUGUUGGAUAAGCGAUCAUGGUGCGCAAUCUUGACUGGAAUGCAGGUUCCUGGCUGUUUUGAGUUUAUGUUGAUGUCUUAUCGAGAUUUUGCACGAUGA